UGAUCUACUACACGAGAUAGUUGCACAGGUUGAGCUGUUGUGUUGUCACUUUGCAGACAAGAGAAACUAACGUGUGAGAGAGAGGAGCCGCUGCAGCCGCUGUCCUCCUCAUACUGCACCGAUGAAGGAUAAUGCGCGAUCCGUUAUGAUGAUGCGUUGAGCUGCAAAAGCUUCACUCAGCUGCUUUUAUUUUAAUUUUUUUAAUUUUUUUUUUCAACUCGAAAAUAAAGCUGUGAGGCAACAAAAAUCAUGCGCAUCAUCACAAAAGAAACCUCAAGCUGGGUGCCCAACAAGAGGUCCCGAUCAGAGUUUUGGAUGAACUGAAUGCGGUCAGAGAAAGAAAGAGAGAUAGAGAGAGAGAGAGAGAGAGAGAGGAGUUCCUGCAAGCGACGGGGAGAAGAAAGAAAAGCAAAGCCGAGUGUGUGUUUUUAUAAGCGGGGCUCGGCUGCGGGAGCGGAGUUGAGGGGGUUGGUGUGGUGGUGGGGGGGUGAUGUCGGGCAGAAGUGGAGGGGCGCCUCGGGGGUGCAGCAACCCCAGCCUGCAGCCCCUAAGAGCCACAAUCCCAUACCAGCUCCAGAGGGGCUCCUCAGCUCUCCUCUGCAGAGAGGUCAAGACGGCCGACAGGACCACGGCUCGCCCGCCCAAACCCACCAUUCGCCGAACCCUGUCCUUGGACGCCAUCGUUGGACCCUACCUGCAGGGACAGUGGCCCAAGGAAGCCGACAGCACGGCCGUUACAUGUGUCAAUGACAAAGCCACACAGACUCCAAGUUCCUGGGCAGAGGAGACCCGGGGAAGGAGAAGUAUGGGUGGACACAAGCGCUCGGCGUCGUGGGGCAGCGCAGAGCACCUGAGGGAGGUGGCCAAGCUGAGGCAACAGCUGCAGAAGCGGUCCCGCCACGCGCCCCCCUCUGCAGGGUACGAGCUCCCCCACCAACCCCUGCCAGCGGGUCAUGCAGCAGGCAUCACUCAGACAAUGCCGCUCAUGCCACUGAACAGACUCGCCCCGCGGCUGCGACGUAGCGUCGAAGGCCUCAACUUGGAGCUGGAAGAAGUGUUUGUGUCCGAAAAAACCGACGAUCAGCAUGAGAUUUUGGAUAUACCAGAUGGCCACAGGGCUCCUGUCCCUGCCCAGAGAUGCAGCAGUGGCUCUCAGAGUGAGCCCUCCCCGGGGCCUCUGGAUCCUUCCCUCCUCUCUCCGUCUCAGUCGCCCUGUCCUCUAGAUCCAUCACUUCUGUCGCCUUCAAAUUCCCCUUGUCCCUUGAACCCAUCUCUUCUGUCUCCGUCACAGUCUCCCUGUCCCAUGGGAGAGCCAGAACCUGAGGACUGUGAGAUCCUGUGUCCUUCUCCGUCGACGCUGUUUCCUUCAUUUGCACUGGAUCCUCCUCUGCUGCAGCCCUGCUCCACCUCUCCUCGUCCCAACAAAACCUUCCAGCGCGAGCCGCCAGAAGGCUGCGAGCGAGUUAGAGUAUGCGAGGAAGCGAUGUCUGCCUGUCAGGAUGAGCCUCUCCUCCAGCCGUCCUGCCCCGACCCCAAUAAAGUCAACUUUACCCCCCACGGAGGCUCCGCUUUCUGCCCCGUCAGUCUCCUGAAGCCCCUCCUGCCCUCCAUGGACCUCCUCUUCCGAGGCCUGUCGGUCUCUCCCGUCACCGGCUGCCCGGGUCAAGCCUCUCCUACCAGGCACCUGGGCAUGCAGUAGAUGGACAUCUGAGCAGAACCUCUCUCAGGGACACGCCGCACUGCCCGGGGGAGUCCUUUAUACCUGGAGAAACUGGAUUUGUUUUUGUACGCAGGGUGCCAACGGAUACCUGCGGUCACCUGGGUCAUCACUGCUGUAACGCGCCACGAUCACUGUGAUCAAAAGAACGAACUUUGUGACUGUAAACAGUUGUCGCCGUCAUAUUUUAGACUGACUUUGGACUAAAAAUCUGGCUGCUUUUACUGAUUAUUUCUACCUGCAGGACUCUUGGAUUCAGCUGAUAUUGACUUCAUCAGCACUUAAACUGUCCCAGUAGGAUGACUGAGGUCUUGACAUUGUUCUAUGAAUAUUGUUUUACUCGUGUAUCAGCUGUUUGGACAAAGACUGCCAUCUGCUAGGGAUGUUUUCACUUUUAAUGUGAAAAUAAGUGAAUUUUCAGUCAGAAAGCCGGAGCACUUAGAACACACGAGUAUUACUUUCUCACUAUCCUUUACAAUUGAUUAAUAUCCUAGUGAAGCAUUGCGUGAGUUUAGAUGAACUUUCAGCUCAGUUUGAGAGAAUUACUUGAUGGGUUUGUUACUAAAAUUUCAUAAUCUGUUGGUUGAGGAAGAAUAUUUUUCUCACUAGGCCUCUAGUUUAUGGUGGGCUACUUUUCUACAGAUGUAUUUCUAGGAAGAUAUAUAUUUUUGUAUCUUUGUAAAGAGCGAGGAGGCUUGUGAUACUGCCCAUCUUUCUGUUUAGACUUUGGUGCUUUAAUGUUAUAAGCAGGAAAUGAUGUUUUAUUAGCUUUACUUGCCUACGUUGGGCUUUUUUUUUUCUAACCAAACUUUUGCGAUUUUGUCCACACUUAAGAGUUUUGAGCGAGUCAAACUGAAUUUGUGUUCAAUCUGAGUCUGUUUGUGGCUCCAAUCACAACUAAGUGUUAAUGUUUCAGUGUUAACUUUCAUCUGGCAGAAGUUGAUUUCUCUCUGCUGGAGUUCAUACGGAUCAAACAGUCUUUGUCGACGUGAUCCUGUGGAAUAAAAAAAAAUAUGACCAACAGUAAAAAUAUCAUAGCAUAAGAACAUGCUAAUGAACUAUUUGGUAAUGUUUGUCAGCUCUGUUUUGUCAGACGUGAUUAUGCACCCUUUUCUUUUUUUUAGUUUACAUUUUAAAAUGUUAAGUGUGUCAUUGCUAUUGUGAAGAAAAUAAAAUCCCAAAUGUUCUGGGUGUUCAGAUACGUUAGAGCUGAAACAA